CUUAGUCUUUAACACACACCCCUACCUCAAGAAAAACUCUCUCUCUCUCAACUUCAACAACAACAACAAUUGCAGAAAGAAAAGGACUCUUACCAAAUUCACCUUUCUAUCUCAUUCACACACAUUUCUCACCAGCCCAAAAUAUUGAAUACCGAAAAAGACUCCGUACCAAGACUACUACUUUAACUUUCCUUAGUUCCCUAUACCCUAGCCUAUCGAUCCAACUUAACAAAAUCUCUCUCUCUCUCUCUCUGAUCGAGGAUCUCCAAUAUGUCUUCUAGCAAAAAGAACAAGUUUCUGAAAACCCUAGUCACAUCCAGUAUUCGAGGCUGUGGUUGUGGAAGACCGGAGCUCUCGGACGUUUUUGAACCAACCCCAAAACCCAAAAUCCCCAUUUGCAAAACCACCCCAAAUCAUCAACCCCAUUCCUCUUCAAGUUCUUGUGACAUAAUAAAUGGAAGUUUCACAGUCGACGACGAUGACGAUGACGAGGAUCAGUGCACUUCCACCACCACCUCUUUCAACAAGGACUCAACAUUAUCUUCAUCCCAACCUUCAGAUUCAGCAGAGACUCAGGGUGUGAAGAAGUCAAAGCCUCCGAACCCACCGCUGACCAAAAUCAACAACAGCAUUGCCGUGGUGAAAGAUUCCGAUGAUCCUUAUCAGGAUUUCCGGCAGUCCAUGCUUCAGAUGAUCGUAGAGAAGGAGAUUUAUUCCAAGGAGGAGCUCCAGGAGCUGCUGAGCUGCUUCCUCGAACUCAAUUCCAGACGUCACCAUGAUGUUAUCAUUGAAGCUUUCACAGAAAUAUGGAAUGGUGAUCUGGUUGAUAUUGCAGGGAAACGAAUCGUACGUGUGAAUCCCAGAUGUGGAACGUGUGAAGAUCAUAGCCAUGUGAGGCAUUGAAUUAAUUGGCAAGUAGGGAAUGAAGAAAGAAGUAGUAGUAGUGCAUGGGGAGGUUGGGAAAUAUUCAAUUUUGAUGAGCCAUAAAUAUUGGAUAGGUUUGGUCACAUGGAGGGUGAUGAUAAGCAAUUUAGUUUUGCGGUGGAGAAAGGUACAGAUCCAUCCAUCCUAUUGUUUUGGUCAUUUUGGGUAUAUAUUAAUUGUUAUCUAGUAACUAAUGGUGAAUAGAAUGUAAUAAUUUCAAAUAGGCCUCCUAGUGAUGAAAAGCUUGUUUUGUGACUCUUAUUGUUGGACCAUCAUUGUGGCUCUUUUUUUUUUUUUGUUUUUUUGGGUGCUUUGCAAUGUAGAGUGCAUUAAAUCGGGAAGAUCUAUCUUUUGAAGAGGCAGAGGGCAACUUCUGAGUUCUAAAUUUU